AUGACAUCGCCCACCAUUAAACCAGACCCUGAAGUACAGGAGGAGCAUGACGAGUUGCUCAUGUCGUAUUUGAAUGCCGAUUGUCUUUCAGGCGAUAGUUGGCCGUUAUCCAAUGACGAACAACACCAACAGCAGCACCAACAGCCGCUUUCACCUCCAUACUCAACAUCAUCUGAUGGCAGUAUCAACAAUGCAGAGGACGCGUAUACCAAUAAAUCAGAGGAUAUGUUUGCAGCCCCAACAGCCAACAUGAUGGAUUACACGUCGUGGCUGGCAGCAGCAGCAGCAGCAGGAUUACCACAAGCCAACAACUUGAAUGGAGCAGCCUCGUCGACAUACUGGCCAGCACCUCCUCCACCUGAAUUCUUGCAAUCAUUUGUGCCCCCUUUAUACAUUCAACAAGCAGCUGCUAUUAAUCAAUCACCCAACAUCCCUUUGUUACAGCCAUCGAUUCAACCACAGCCACAACAACAAGAUGUGAAACUAUCUUCAGCAUCAUCAACAGCCUCUUGCUCAUCAUCAGAUUCAGAACAGCCAAGAAAGAAACGUGGACGUAAGAAAAAGGAUCCUAUUGGUAUAGCUUCCGCACCAUCAACACAGUUAAGACCCCUGGCAAGACUUCUCCCUGCAUCGGCACAACCGCCACAACAACCCAACAACAACAACAACACAUCCUCAUCGUCAACAACGGCUACCCCAUCUCCUCCACCUCAACAAUCAUCCACUUCUCCUUCACCAUCGCCACCAUCCCCACCUGUAGCUGCAGCCAAAGAACAACAACAACAACAACAACCCAUCAUACCUACAACGGUUGCACAGCAACAGCAACAACAACAACAAUUACCCCUGACAAGCAAUGACAACACACCUAUACCUGCCAGCGUCAAAAUUGAGCCAUCACAUUCUUCUCCAGAGGAAGCACAAAAAGCAGCAGCGAUUGCUAAGCGACAAGAACGAUUAAUCAAAAAUCGAGCAGCAGCACUCCUAUCGCGUAAGCGUAAGCGUGAACAUUUGAACGCGUUGGAAGAAGAAAAGCAAAACCUUUCAAAAGAAAACGAACAGCUCAAGGCUCGUGUGGCUGAAUUAGAAUCAAGAGUGGACACAUUGGAAAAAGAGAAUCAUGAUUUGAGACGACGUAUGGUUGGCAACAACAACACCACCACCACAGCAUUGUUAUCAUCCAACAAGAAUACCAGUCAUAAUAAGGCCACGGGAGUGGUGUUUAUGAUCAUAUUAUUUUCAUUUGCAUUGUUUUCAUUGCCAUCAAGAAGCGUGAAUCAACUCACUGUGGGUGGAAGUAGCCCAAAGCAAUUAGUGGGAGGUUCAAGCUCUCUUGACUUGACAUUCUUCAAUGGUGGUGCACCGACAACUCCACGACCUACACUGGACAGUGGCCCAUCAUCAUCAUCAUCUUCAAUUACACCAAGCACAGAUUUGGUACUCAUUGAUCCUGUACGACCUUACGCACUCCGCAAUUGGAUUCAGGACAGACUUACUACCACCACCACAACAACAACCAAUGGUGGCAACAAUGUCAAAAAUCAUGAAAAGAGUUUGGUGCAAUGGUCAUCUGAUGCCAUCCACAACAACAACAAGGCAGCAACAACACGACCUCACAUUUACUUGUAUUCUCGUGAAUUCUCUCAGGUGGCACCCAUCAUGAAUGAUUCAUCAACAACCGCUGCUUGUGAAGACAAUGGCUCUUCCUCCACCUUCCUGAUGAAUGAAGAUAACCACAACAAUGCGGCUCUUUUAUCAUUGAUUUCUCCGCUACCCGCUGAUAAGAACACAAGCUACCUUCAAAUUGAUGUUCAGGUACUCGGAUCGCGUGUCAUCGAUGGGCCACUCAUGUCCCUUGAACAAUGUCCUUUUGCUACUUCUCUAUUGGACAACAUGAAAGAUGAUCUCCUUUGUACUCGCCCUACAUUAUCUACUGAUGACAACCCAAUUUCGACUACCACCACCACUACAGCCAAGGACAAUACGACCACGGAUGGAGCCCAAGCUGCACUCAAACUUCCCACGGGGCGGAGACUUAACAAGGAUAUGCGACGACGCCUUGUAGGACAAGAACGUGCGAGGAAAAUUGCCCGAGUUGCUGAUUAA